AUGACUACCAUCGCCGUCGUCCUUGACGAGCUCAAAGGGGAACCCACUCUGGUGGUCCCCAUUCUCAAAUACCUUACUGUGACUAAAGGUAAAGGGUUAGCGCCUGAGGAAACCCGCCAUCUCGUCGCCCGCACGCUUAAUUUAGCCCGGCUGAAUCAGCCUUACUCCAAAUGGUGUGGCACCGUGAUGAUUAAGGCGCUUGCCCUUAACUACGAAUUGCUUGCCAGCGAUGGUGCUGCCAUGCUUGAUGUCCUCAUCCAAAACCUCCACGCCUGGAACGCUUCCCACGAUAUUAAGGUGCUUACCGCUACUGUCGAUUCCAUCAAUUUCGUGUGUGACCAGAUUAGAGGUAAGGACACGCUUGUGCGUGAGUUGUUGACGCCGCGGCUUGCGCCCAAAGGCGCUCCGCUGAUCAUUGGCGGCUACCUUGACCAGCUUGAGUACGCGCCCGCGGUGGUGGUGCCGCUGUUGACAAAGAUCUUGGUGCACCACCCCACGGUGUUCCGGGCCUACGGGAACAAGUACUACGCGGCGCUCGUGGCGAUGGUGGCGUUGCCCAACUUCGACGGGUUCCCUGAGCUGCUCCGCCAGCUGGUGUUUGGCGCCAUCGCCACUCUCCCCGUCAUUGAGAACGUGUCGCCGGAAGCGCACUGGCGCGCUCGUGUCGGCGCCAUCAUCGCCGAAAUUGUGAGAGUAUUGAGAGUCUACGGCGACUUGCUCCACUUUGAAGACGAUGGUGAUUUGAAUAAGCUUCUUCUGGGCCUCGAAGCGGCCCCGGCUGCCGUUGACGGUAAGUCAGUUGACCCCAUUUUCGCUGAUCUUGCCAUUGACUUCAACGCGCCGCUGUCGAUCCUUUUACUUAGCACUCGCCUUAAACUGCUUACGGAAUUGCUCGGCGCUUACCUCACUCAAGGUCUGAAGUUGACGGUGGAAGUACCCCUUGGUAAAGCCCUCGGCGUCAUCGAGGCGAUGGUGCUUAUUUCGCCCCGCUUCCACAAGUUUAAGUUUGAUGUCCGCGACGCCAACAUCCAGCACUUGAUUACCCUUUCCACCGAGCUUAACCACACCCACGCCAUUGCGCUCCUUAAGCGCUUGGUGCCGGUGUACUCGGGUCUGCUUUUGCCUCACUUCUCCAGCAUCGUCGCCACAUUGGAGACGGUGGUGCCCAUCCACAACAAGCGCGUCGACACCGUGGCGGUGGUGAGACGCCAGCGGUUCUUUGGCGACUUGUUGGUGGUGGUCGCCGACUUGUUGGCAUUGGCGACGUCGGUGUCUGACCCGUCGUCGCUUCUCCGCUUCCUCGAUGUUGCCGUGGCUCUCGUUGAACCUCGGAUGGCGCCGUCGCCAGCGCUGACUAAUGCCGCUAAUCUGGGCGCCAAGGGCGCCGGUAAAAAGGCUAAGCGCCUGAAGAAGGCGCUGCUGGUGCCCCUCGCCGACUUGCUCACCAACGCCAACUUGUUGGUCGACACCAUCCCCGAGCCGGUGCUUGCCGCCGCUCGCCGGUUCUUCACCACCGUCGUCACUCUGGUGCCGGCGCUCCCGCCUACUUAUCACUACAAGAUGAUGCGCUACAUCAUCCUCGAAGCGGUGCAUGCAAAGUACUAUACUUUACAUCGCCAAGUACCGCAGGAGUUGCGCCAGCUUUUGAUCGAUGCCAUUGUUUACCCUGGCUACGAAAAAGUUCUGAUCUUACCCAUUGUCGCCCUGAUCUUGGCCGACGACCCAUUGGUGCUGGUGUUUACCCACCCACGUUUACCUCCGUUGCCUAAGUUUAUUGAUUUACUGGCUCAUCAGACCGCUGAUUUAGGAGUUGAAGAUGAGUCCGACAGCGAAGACGACGAAGAGCUUGGCGCUGCCAAGCGCGAUGCCGACGCCGAUGCCGACGCGCCGGCGCCUAAAAAGCGCAAGGUCGACGACGUCGCGGUGCCCCAGCCCACCUCGGUGACCCCCGUAGUCGAAGAAGCGGUGGUGGAGACCAUCGCGGAACAACCAAUUGCCGAACCGGUGGCAUUAGUGGAGACGGUGCCGGUGCCGGUGGCGGAGACGGUGCCAGCGGCACCCGCAGCGCCGCUGACUGCGGCAUUGGCGUCGGCACCCGCGGCUGACUCCGACGACAGCGACUUUGAGAUGCCGCAAUUGGACGCUGGCGACUCCGACGACGAAUAG